UCACUAUAGGUGCACAUAUUUUGCUGUGUCACAGGAAAUUGCAACAACGCAACGAGAAUAUGUAAACCUAAUAUAAAAAAAAUAAUAAAAUUUAACAACAAUGAAAGAUCGCUUAUCAGCUUUAAAUUACUGGGCCCCAACUGAGACUUGGAGUGGCAAAGAAUUCAAAGAGGUUGCUGGUCUCAAGGUAGGUUUUGUACACAGGACUUAUUUUAUUAAUUUUAUAUUAUUUACGUUUCAUACAAGGAACGUUGAGGGUGUGUGAGUGGGGUGAAAGGGGGUGGGUUUUAGGUGCACCGGUGGGGGGAAAAAAGUUGUGGAAACACUGAAGUGUGAGUAGUGUGAGAAUGGAUUGAUAAAUUCUUGCUCACAUUGACAUAGACAUAAGUAGGGACCUCGGUAUGAUCAUAAAUGUGGGAAGUGGGAUAAAUAGCCCUAUCCUUAUUGUAUGAUAACUAGUAUUAUAAAUAAUUAAAUAAAUAUAUAUAUAUAUAUAACAUGUUAAUAUGACUUUCAAAAGUUAGUCUUCCAUCUAGGUAGACACCCAGGUACCGCACUGUUUGAGCUAACUCAAUACGCACACCUGAGAGAGUAAUGGAUGUAGUGUUAUUUGCAGAUUUUUGCAUCUGAGCGGUCGCGAUGGGGAGCAGCUCAGUCUUAUCAUCAUUUAAUUUGAGCUUGUUUAUUGUCAUCCAGUGCUUAACCGACUCCAUUGUCUUCUGUGUCAUACUAUAGGUCUAGUACCAUCCCAACUUAUUAUUGCAAGACCUAUUAAUAAACAAUUAACUAUUAUAGUUAAUGAUAUUUUAGGCCAUGUAAUCAUAUUUUAUUAUUUAAUGGAAAUUAUGAUUCUUAAAUUUUAAAAUAAAAAUGUUUAAAAAAAAUAUUCACUUACCUUUGAUAUUGAAAUAUCCUGAAUUCACACACAAAUCACAAUAUUCCACAAGAAACAUAUAAUCCUCAGUAUUCUUCAAGAAAUCACACACUUUCUGAUACAGUAAUCCAAGAAUUUCUUAGCUUUUACUAAAGAAAAACCAUAAAAGCUUGUACUUACCUCAAACAAAUGACUUAGAACUUAUUUUAAUUUCUAUCAACAGCCAAAGUUGAUACAUGUUGAUUUGUGAAACAAGAUAACUAAUUUUUUGGUCAUAUUCAAAUGGGACUAAAAUACAUACAUAGAAAAUGGUAAAAUAAAAAGUAAAAUUGUCAAUUUUAUAUAAGUGAAUCAAAUAAUCCCUGUAUUAUUUGUUUAUACUGAUAAAAGUUAAACAAUUCCACAGAAAAUUUGAAAUUAAUAUCUAAAGAAUAUUAUUAUUAUUAUGAAAUUAGGCAAAUUUUAAACUUUUAUAUUUAAAAAAUAUUAAUUAAUUAAUACAAGUAAGUGACGAGUCAGCAUAUUUUAAUAAGGAAAAUUAUCAAGAUUAAAAAUAUUUUUUUGCGGAAUAUUAACAAAAACUAAUAUUGUAUUUUUUGGCUUUAUUUAGAAGAACUCAUAUUUAACUGUGUUCCCUCAAAAUAUCAUAUUUUUGUCUCAUUUUAUAACAAAGUUAUAGGCAUACAAACAUUUGCAAUAUGAGGGUGACGAAAUGUGGAGGAAAAUCCCAUAGUGAAAAAGGGGUUUUGAGGUCCUUACUAAAAAAUUCAUAACUUUUGAACCACUUGAGCUAGAAAGUUUAUCUUGGUGUUUUUGUAAACCAUUAUAUGUGCUCUAUACAGCUGUAGUAUUUUUAUAUUUUUAAAAAUGUUUUGAAAUUUUAAUCAAAGUGCCUAACAUAAGACAUGUGUCUAUAAGUAAUGAUUGACAUGACUCCUAUAAGUCAAAAGUGUUAGUCAUGAUUUACAUAACUGAAAAGAGAAGUCUAUGAGUCAUGAUUAUGUUGACAUAACUCAUAAGUCAUAAGACAAAAGUCUGUUAAUCAUGAUUGAGAUUAGUCUUUAGGCCUAAGUCAUGGUUGACAUAAAUCAUAAAACAUGUCUAUAAGUCAUACCAAGUGUGCCGUUCUAAGGAUGUUUUUUAAAAUGGUAGAUUCUGAUGAAUUAAACUAAAUUCACAAGUUUUCUUCCCCAUAAACCUUAAAACAUCUACAGGACUCAAGUAUUUUAACUGGGUUUAUUUAAACAAAAGGGUUUAUUUACAAAAAAAAAAAAGUUUCAAUAAAUGUCAUAUUUGACAAAAUCAUCAGGCAUGAUUUGAAAUUAGCAAUUGGUGAAAUAAAAAAUAGAAAACUAAAAGAUCAAGGUUGACAUAGAAAUGAACAUUAUAGGCCUACAACCAAUCUAGAAUCUAAAAGUUUAAUUCUUGAUAAGUGCUCAAAAAGUUGUAAUAUAAAAUUAAAAUAUGUUGAUUAGAAGAAGGGGGAAAGCUAGUAUGUAUUUAUGACAAAAUGGGUGGGAAUGGCCUUGGCUUUCCCAUAAUUGAAUGAUGUACAAUUAUUAUUAUUAUAUUUUUUUGGGGGGUGGGUGGGGGUGUAGUAUGAAAAAAUGUUUUUUCAUUAGUUAUGGAUGUUUCUUUUAAUAUAAAUACAAUUGUAUCAGUCAUUAUCUCUAUAUUGGAGACACAUGAUGGAAAAAGUGGUCAUUCUGUUUUAAAAAACUCAUAUUUUUCUCACUCUUUCACUAGACCACAGCAACUUACGUUGGGGAUGCCUAGAAAGCGGCCUCAUUCUACAUCAAGCGGUAGCUCCGUGCAUGAGGUACAUCAAAUCCCCAGCACACAACUAGACGUCGGUCAAAACGAACGUGAAGUCUGUACAUGUAAUCAGAAAUCAAAGUUGAAGCAAGGCAAGCACAAGAGGCCAGUAAAGACAUCUCUAACACAGUUGAACAAGAGCACGCCGGUUUCCUCACGCAAAAGCAGUACUGACAUUACACUACAUAGACUGCCGCCAGUAGACCCCAAAUUACUAGAACCAUCUACUUCACAUGACUUAAAUGAAAAUGCUGCAAGAUCAGGAAAUUGUAGUGCGCAAAGGGAGAGAAACACAAACGGGCCGCGGCCAAGGGGGAGGCCUAAAAAAACAGACAGCAGUGAAUACACUGUGAUAAAAGUGCCGAUAGCAUCAAUUUUGAGCGCUCGGGUAAGGGAAAAAUUAACAUAAAUUUUAUAAGCUCAGGUACAUAAAAUAUUGACAUUAAUUUUACGUGCUCAGGUAUGUGAAAAGUUGACUUUGUUCCAGCAGUUCCAUCCACAGGAAGAUUUCCCCAUGUUAUCUUCUAAACUCAGAGUUACAUUAAGUUUUUUAUAUGUAUAUAUAUUUUUUUCAUAUCAGUGUUGUUGUGUUAUAAAUGUCUUGAUAGUAAAUUUUCUGUAACUGGAAAAUAUCAUGAAAUUGAUUGAUGUGGUCUGUUUUUCUCAUCUGCUUGGUGCUCAAUGUUUCAAAUGUUUGUUUUAAAAAAAAAUUAAAAUAUAAACACAAUAUAAAAUUUUAUUAAAAAAUAUAAAUAACUCAAGAAAUUUGUAUUGGCUUAGUUAAUAAUAAUUUGUAAUAAUAGAUGAGAAGUGCAUAUUGUCCACAUUUUAAACAGCAGGGUCUAUUUAAUGAGUAACAGAACCUGUUGUUUGCACCCAUUUCUGGCAGUCAGAAUUAACAUCAGAUAAAAGCAGGAAGCGCAGAAGGAAGUCCCAGCUUGAAUCUUCUAAAAGACAGUCUGACAAGUCAGCCUCAAACUCGAGUCUUGUUUCUCAUUCCAAUGGUUCUGUUUGGAGUAAUUCAUCUUCGUCUUGUCAAAGGAGGGCUCCAAGGGCAAAGAAUGCUUGCAAGAAACAAAAGAAAAAGGUAUGUAAGUUAUUCCUAGGUUAACACCAUGUUUUUAAACCAUAGCAAAAAUGGGUGGUAUUGAUAAAUUGCUCACUUGGUCAUGGGAUCAUAAAUAAAUAGUUAUAGUAAAACUACCCGAUACUUUGAAAGUAUCUCAUUUCCUUUGCUAUUUUUUUCACAGUUGGCAUGUAACUUUUAAAAAUUGUUUCAGCAAGGCUAUACUUUUCAUAAGAGCAGUUUUAAACUGAGAAGGCAUUUGUCUUUGAUAUCACUGACGUAACACUUACCAGUGACAGUCCAGGGGAAAAAAAUGUCAGUGGUUUCAGAAGUGGGGGCUGGAGGCAGUGACCAAAAAAAUUAUAUGGCCCGGUCAGCUCAAUCCCCAACCCUUUAACCCAAACAACACAGUAAACCACUUUGUGAAAAAAUUAAAUUUUUAUUCCCAAAGGCAUCAGCAGGAAGUUCACCCUCAUCGCGCUAUCGUGUUACUCCGUGUCCUACAGAUGGUGCCUGUAGUAGCAGAGGAUCACAUCAUUCUCGAAGAGGGUCAAGGCGAUCUAAACGGAGGUCAAGUCCAUACAGUGUGUGCUCAGGGACUGGCGUGUCUAGAGAAUAUUCACGGGAUCAUCAUAGGUUGGUCCAAGCCUCCGUAACAUUUCUUUUCCUUAGAUAUCUAGUUUUUAAACAUCCACGUAAGAAAGACAUGGAGACACUGAGAACCAUAAUUAUACUUUCAGUUUUAUGUAACAAUACCUUUACAAUAGCUCAAUACAUGCAGGAGUGAAUUCCAGCAGUGAUUUAAAAAAAAAAAUCACCAAUUUGAGAGCAGAUAGAUUAAUUUAUUAAAGUUGAAAGCUUAAGAUAUGUUAUGUGUUGUUAUUUUCAACUUUUCUAAAGUUGUUCUAUUUCUCCUGCUUUCUGCUGAAGAUAUAUGACUGAAAAGAAAAGCGGUUAAAUUAUUUAAUUGCAAACUAGUCCUAUUCUUGUGUGUACUCCUAGAACAGGGAACCACUCUCACAGUAACGCAUCCGGUUCAAGGACACAUUGCAGAAACAGAACUCCGGGAAGAAGACAUUCACAUGAAAAAUCCAGGUCUCCAAUCCAGUCUUCUGGUUGCUCCUGCCAUGGCAGCCGGCAUCGGUACCACAGAAGAGCCCGUUCUUCAUCGACCCACAGACAAAGGAGACAUGAAGAGAGGGCAGCACGGCACAGCUCGGACCAUGGUGCCAAGAACGCAAGGAGAUCCAGUCGAACUCAAAGACGUCAUGACACAGACGCAAGCAGGAGUGCAAGUGCCACGCGUGGGAAUGAACAGAAGAGCUUCAUCGACAGGUUUAGUCCUGGUUGGAGCAAGAGUAGCAAGACACGUAAGAAUGUUUCUAAAAGCCGGAGUGAAAAGGAAAGGGCAGAUAGCAGCACAUCUCGUAGUAGAAAUCCCAGUAAGAAGGCCAAGAAAGACAAUACUUCUUCCUUGAUGUGCGCAGUAAUGUAAAACAUCCAAUUAGGAAUUCCAUGUAGCAAACCUUACAAAUUACAUUCUGUGUCAGGAUAGUGCUAGAGUAAAAAAGACUAAUAAAUGGUUACAGUAAACAUAAAGGAGAUGAUUAGAUUUUGACUUUAUGAUGUUAAAUUAAUUAAUUGUAGACUUAUUUGCAAGUGCUGUAAUAAAUUAAAU